GGUACCAAUACAAAGAAUAGUGGGGGUAACUAAGCAACGAGCAAGUUUUUAUACAUCGACGACUUCUUUUACUUCCCGUAUGUCAACCGAGUAAGAUAGUUGAUACUCAAGGAUGGUAAACGGUAGGAUACCGUCGGUCUGCUCCAAGACCUAUGUCACCCCACGUAGGCCUUAUGAAAAGGCUCGUUUAGAUCAGGAAUUAAAGAUUAUUGGAGAAUAUGGUCUCCGUAAUAAACGUGAAGUAUGGAGAGUUAAAUACACCCUCGCUAAGAUCCGUAAAGCUGCCCGAGAAUUGCUCACGCUUGAAGAAAAAGAUCCUAAAAGAUUAUUUGAAGGUAAUGCACUUUUACGUCGUUUGGUUCGUAUUGGUGUCUUAGAUGAAGGUAGAAUGAAGCUCGAUUACGUUUUGGGUUUGAAAAUUGAAGAUUUCUUGGAAAGACGCCUCCAAACGCAAGUUUUCAAAUUGGGUUUGGCCAAAUCGAUUCAUCACGCUCGCGUCUUGAUCAGACAGAGACACAUUCGAGUUCGAAAACAAGUUGUCAAUAUUCCCUCUUUCAUUGUGAGAUUGGACUCUCAAAAACACAUUGACUUCUCACUCAAAUCUCCAUUUGGUGGUGGUCGUCCUGGACGUGUUAAGAGGAAGAAUCUCCGUAAAGGAGCUGGAGGUGGCGGAGCUGAAGAAGAAGAAGAUUAAAUGUUACGCGUUUUUACCAAUAAAUUUUGGUAAAUAAUAAAAAUUUAAUUUCAAA